AGCUUGAGAUAUAGGACGACAAGCGGCGGACUGUGAAUCCUAACCGAUAUACGUAGGUGGGAUCCCCUGUGCCCUUGCACACGUGGCCAGUGAUAACCUCUCCCACUUCCUGAUCGACGCGGUGAUCAGAUCGUUGCUCUCCACAUGCCCAUUUAGCCUUAUAGCACUGCAUCCUCCUUCCUCCACCAUUCCUUCGGGAGAUCUUGGCAUUCUCAUGAGCCGGACGACCUCGCACUGCUCACGAUGACUAUCCUUGAGCCAGAGUCCGCAAUCUGGUACACGCUUUGCUGGCUCGUUGUGAUCGCGAGGAUAUGGUCCAGAAUCAUUCAUUAUGGCAGUUGGAAGAAACUCAGGGUUGACGACUACCUCGUCUUACUCGCUAUGGUUACGGACACACUAUUGAUGGCCUUUAUGCAUAUUGUUCUGGUCACAAGUAGCAACUUGAUUGCUCCCGGCGACGACAUCUCAAACUUCACCCCCGGGGAGAUCCGGUCGCGCAUUUAUGGAUCCAAACUUGUUCUAGUUGUCGAACAGAUGCAGAUUCUCACAGUCUGGCUCAUCAAAGCUUGUCUGCUCAUCAUGUACAACCGCAUGACAAUGCUUCUUCCGCAGCACAUCAUUGUCAAGAUCGUCGCAGGAUACGUUGCGGCUGGCUUUGUGUUAAUGGAAAUACUAUACUUUGGUGUAUGGUGUCGGCCAUUCCACGAAUAUUGGGCUUUGCCAACGAAUAGUACUCAAUGUUCUGCUGCUACCAAUCACCUGAUAACUAACGCUGUGCUCAACAUUUCGUCUGACCUCAUGAUCAUUGCGAUUCCCAUGCCAUUGUUGUUCAAAGUUAAGAUCCCAAUGCAAAAGAAAGCAAUACUAGGCGGCGUGUUCCUCAUUGGAACAUUUACAAUCGUUGCUGCAGCUUUGAACAAGUACUACAGCUUCACACACCCAUUCGCGCCUGACUGGACUAUAUGGUACCUACGCGAAUCCUACACCGCCAUCCUAUGCGCCAACCUACCCCUCACCUGGCAGCUUCUUCAACGCAUCUUCAACCUCCGCAACUGGUCCUCGAAUUCUUACCCUUCGAAUGCAUACGGCCCUAGCACCACUAUUCCUCGCUCACAUGGCAGAUUCUCCCAACUCAGGGGCAACAGCGGCCACACAAACAGUAGGGUGGCCACAACCAAAUCAGCGAUGGGGCGAUCGAGGAGCGAUAGCCAGGAGCGCAUAAAUGCGAAGCCGCUCGAAAUCAUCUGCAAUGUGGAUUUCGAUGUAAGGUCGACGCAAGUCAAGGGCCCUUCGCAACUAUCCGUGAUGGAGAUGGGAGAUCUUAGCAAUAGUAGCAACGAGACCGUGGGAAAGGCGAGGGAGAGUGAGGGUUCUUCUACCAAGGCUGGGGAGGUGACGACCAGUUGCCAUCGUGUUUGAGCAUUUUACUUUGUUUAGGCGCUAUGAGGGUGGGGGUGGUGGUUAACUGGAUACGUGCUUACUUGGUUUUGUACAGUGAGCCACGAAAGAUACCUUUUAAUUUUAU